UUUUGUCCUACUGAGAGGAUUCCAUCCGCAGCUGCCUGUCGAGUCCGACCCGAGUUUACGCUGCUUACGUGUGGCUGAGCCGAUACCAAGCAACCCCAAAACAACCAGCUAGCUCCAACAUAACUAAUGGCAACAGCGUUGGAUGUAGAUGCGGGGCGAGUCCAGGUGGUGUCAACCUCGGAGAGUAGCUCGUUUCUUGGGCGAGUCUUCGCAGGCCGGCGAGAGUCGUCCAUUCUUAGAAAUGAGCGCGAGUACAGCAGCGCGCUGAGCGAGGCGGCCACAGAGGACUUUUCCGACCUGGACCAGCUCGGAUUCCUGAGCGUGCCUGGCGGCCGCGACAAGGAGGGGCGGCAGGUGGUGAUGGUGGCGGCCAAAAACUACCCCGCGCGCGUGCUCAAAACUGACCGCGUGUUCAGGUACUUUGCCCACACGCUGGACGCCUUGGUGGACGAGCCGUACGUAGUGGUGUGGCUGCACACCGGCAGCAGCUACUGGAACAACUGCCCGUCGCUAGCCUGGCUGUGGCGCACGUACGAGCGGCUGCCCUGCAAGUACCGCACCAAUCUGGCCCGGUUGUUCGUGGUGCACUGCGACCUGCCGCUGUGGGGCGCGCUGGCGACGCUGGGGCCGCUGCUCAGCGCCGACUUCUGGCGCAAGGUCGAGUGGGUGUCACGUGUGGAGUUCCUGUGGGACCACAUACCCAAGAAGCAGCUGCUGUCCGCGCUGCCCGCCUACGUGGCGGAGCACGACGCGCUGCUGGAGGACCAGCCGCUGAUGGACUACGGCGUGGUGGCCAGCAAGGAGGUCAACAACGUGCCGGGCCUGCCCGCGCCGCCCAUGUAGCGAUGCAGAGAUGCGGUAGAGGCGGAGGCGGUAGGGGCGGAGGCGGUAGGGACGGAGGUGGAGGCUGGGCGCUGGUGAUGAUGGGUUGAGGCUUGGGAUGGGGGCGUGUGUGGGAGGCGGGGAGUGCUGCAGCUCUGUGGAAUUGCACUUGGAGCUUCGCGGGAGCUACCGUACAAGGUUGCAGGGGUUAGCAUCACGGAUUGGCACCCACAAAUUGCACCUUCGUGACCCCAAUUCGUGCAUGAUGUACAAGUACCUGCCGCAGGAGGGUGUAUUGGUACAUAGGUUGAGAUUCUCGGAUCCACAUAGGUAAGAGAGGUGCGAGGCAGGAUCCUAAAGCCUGCAUGGUGCGGCAAAUUAUCAGGCACAGGGCGUGCAGGUGGGACGCCGGUCCUGUCGGCGCUGGGCGCAGGAUGCGCGGUCGGAAGCCGCACCGCACCAGGAGAGCUGCGACCCCAUCCCGCUGGUUCGUUAGGACAUGUGAUUGUGUUAGGCUUUGAUAUGCGAGAUAUGUGCGCUGGGUGUUCAUUCGGCGGCUUCGCAUAGGAGCGUAGAGUAGUUGCAGGCUGUGUGCCGUGUACAAUAACCUGACCAGUGAUCAAUUAACGCUUGGUCUGACCCUAUGGCUGAGGUUUGGGGUUGUUGCGGCUUGGGGCGCGUGCCCCUGCGAGUGAUUCAUGCACUGUGCAUGGCAAUCACUCACACGGGUAUGGGUCGGGCCCCUCGGGCGCCACGUGGCCUACUAGGUGCGCCACUGAGCGUAGCAGGAACGCUGUGAAGACAGGAGGAGCGAGGUCCUGCACCGGUGACUUGCCAUUGCCCUCGUAUGCACGGCGGUUUGUGACGACCGGUGGUGCAUUGGGACGGGUUGGGAAGCAAGCAAAGGACUGAUUCAGUUGGGAUGGAUUGGGAGGCACACGGGUAAGGCACAGUAGUAGGCACAGUAGAGCAAGGGAGUGGGCAGCUUUGUACAGCUGGAAAAUGGGAUCAGCCCCCGGCGGCACAUGGGAUGGGUGGUCAUGCAUUGCAACGUGAUGAGCGGUUGGUAGCUCCCAUAUCUGGUUGCGGUUGCGAAACAGAAAUCGUGUCGAAUCGGUGGUUCAUCGGAUGGCCAACUGCGGGGUUGGCGCAUGCACUGGCGGGACGGGCCUCUGGCCGAUGCCAUGCGGGUGCUGGGCGGGCCCAAUUGGGCCCAAUUAGGACACAAGAUGGUGCUUUUGCUAGCGUCCGAGCGCUUUCAGACACAGGCCAGCUGCUCCGCUCUGCGCAAUUUGCAUGGCAUUACACGACCACUAAAGGGUUAGUAAUUGGUGGACGAAUCUAAUGGCACAGACGAGCGACGCGGAAACUACCAGUAACGCCG